AUGGGAGAUCUUCCUCCAGAAAGAGUAACACCAACGUAUCCUUUUCUCAAUACUGGUGUCGACCUCUGCGGCCCGUUCCAGUACCGUAAUACCAGAAAAGCACCUCCAAUCAAGUGUUUCGUUGCCAUUUUCGUAUGUCUCGUCACCAAAGCGGUCCAUGUAGAACUGGUCUACGAUCUUUCCACGGCCGCCUUCAUAGCAGCAUUGCAUCGGUUCGUCGCUCGUAGAGGAAAGCCGAACCUCAUCCAAUGUGACAACGCAAAGAACUUCAAGGGAGCCGCUAGGGAGCUAGCAGAAUUAUCAAGACACUUCGCUUCACAACAACACCAAGGUGCAGUGAUUGACGACUGCGCAAAUAAGGAUAUAACCUUCAAGUUCAUUCCCCCCCGCAGCCCGCAUUUUGGAGGCUUGUGGGAAGCAGCGGUGAAAUCACUUAAGCAACACUUAAAGAGGAGUAUUGGAAACUAUGUGUUGGCUCAGGACGAAUUUGUUACUUUGCUGACCCGUAUCGAAGCCUGUCUCAACUCUAGACCCCUGACACAGCUCUCUACAGAUCCGAAUGACUUGGAAGUUUUAACACCAGGGCACUUCCUUGUGCAUCGUUCGCUUACUUGCUUUCCUGAACCCAACUUAUCCGAUAUUCCUCGAAAUCGUCUCGACCGUUGGCAGGAGAACCAAGAAAUCCUCAGACGGAUCUGGAAACGAUGGGCGAUCGAUUAUUUGUCUGGACUUCAACCCCGUACGAAAUGGACACGAAUGCGAGAUAAUAUCAUGGUAGGCACCAUGGUACUGUUAAAAGAAGAUAACCUGCCACCCUUAAAAUGGCGUUACGGUCGUGUAAGCAACAUCUUUUAUGGCGAUGACAAAAAUGUUCGAGUAGUCGACGUCCGCACUGUUGAUGGAGAAUAUCGGCGUGCUAUUAAUAAGAUCUGCGUGCUUCCCAUUCAUCAAUCCACUACCGAAGCGAAUGAAUCAGGCAUCAUCAACGCAGUUGUGCCAUAG